GGUUUGAUAAGAGUUCUUCGCUUACUACAGAGACUCACAAUACGAGUAAUACAUAAUACGAGUAUACACAAUUUUAACAUAUAAUGCCUACACGUUGCUCUGUUCAAUUUGCUCGAGACAAUUCGACUUUCUAUAGCGGCGAGGAACUCAAAGGACAAUUUGUUUUAUGCACAACCGAAGAGAUAAACAUCAAUUCUAUUUAUAUAUUAUUAACAGGCGAGGGAAGAGUGUACCCAUUCGAAAAUACGUCUAGUCCAAUGGUUAAGGGAGUUGAGUCAUAUUUAAAUACACAUGUGGAUUGUGUUGGUGGAAGAAAACUUCCUGCAGGCACCUACAACUACUCAUUCAACUUUAUGCUCCCGCUGAGAUGUCCGUCAUCAUGUGAGGCGUCAAUUGGAAGCAUAUCCUAUCAGAUUUCAUUAGUUAUUGACCGCCAUAGGCACUCAGACGAAGUAUUCAAAGAGACUAUAAAUGUAAUACAGCCAUAUAAUCUUAACAGAUACCGAGACCUAAAGAUUCCUAUUGAAAAUGAAUAUAUCAAGAGCCUUUGUUGUUGGCCCUUUUCUUCGGGUCCAGUUUCUCUGAGCCUAACGAUACCCUUCGGAGGCUAUGUGCCUGGCGAAAAGAUUAACUGUACCGUAUGCAUCGAUAACCAAGCGGUAGGCGAUGAUUUGCACAAUGUUCAGCUAUCCUUGAAACAGAUCAUGAGAUUCUCGACAACCGCACCUGAAGGAUUUUCUAGGGAACGCGAACAUGAAUAUUUGCUCACAUCAUGUAUACUCACAGAAUGUGUAAACCGAUUGUCAAAACGUUUAUUGAAUGGUUCUCUACAAGUGCCAUCUGUGCCACCCUCAACAAGAAAACGGCAAAUUAUAGAAAUACGAUAUGUUGUUACAAUAAGUAUGAAACAUGGUUAUUGCUCAAAUUGGAACAUAGAUACACCGAUCGUUAUUGGAACCAAAUCUUUGAUGAAGAGUAUUCAAAUUCCAAUAACUGAAACGGCUCCAAUUGCGGAGACGGAAUGGGAGCCUCAGACACCUGACACUCCAGCGGAAACAACAGAGCCAUCGGCUCAAAGCCUUGACAAUUGCGAAACAAAUACACUAGAAAUGAAUAAUGUUAAUCCCUAAAAACCUAAAACCUCUAAAGAAAAACGAGGAAAACCGUUCGUAUAGUAAAGAAUACUUGACUUUUUGGCUAUUGUAAAUAAUUUUAGUUUGCAACCGUUGAAACUUUAUAUUUUACAUUUUCCACACGUAAUAAUAUAUUAAAUAAAAAAUAUUCCCGCAUAAAAAAAGAAAGUACCUAUAGAUAAACCACUCUAAUUUAUUGUACCUGAAAAUAAAUAAAAUG